AUGAAUGACGCAGAAAAAAAGGUAAAUGCGGAAAACCUAAAAAAAACAAUAUCUACUCAACGGAAWGUGUUUAUAAAGCAAAACACUGCUCAAAAGGCUUCUACACUGGCUGGAUAUGUUGUGGCUUAUAAAAUAGCUAAAAAUAACAAACCAUACUCGGAAGGAGAAUUUGUAAAAGAUUGUAUGGUGAGUAUGAGAAAAAUUUUAUGUCCAGAAAAAAUUAAAGAGUUUGAGUCUGUCAGUUUAUCUCGAAAAACAGUAACAACGCGAAUUGAUGCCAUUGCAUCAAACUUGUCGUCUCAAUUUAGGCAGAGUAUAGAAAACUUUAAAUAUUUUUCCGUGACGAUGGAUGAAAGUACGGAUAAAAGUGACACUGCUCAAUUAUUAAUAUUCAUUAGAGGCGUUGAUGACGAAUUUAAUAUUACUGAAGAGCUAGCUUGUUUGCAAUCGUUAAAAGGAAAAACGACGGGGCAAAUAAUUUAUAACGAAUUUUCCGAAGGUCUUCAAAAUUUAAAUGCGCCUAUUUCAAAAUUAUGCAAUAUAACUACAGAUGGAGCCCCAAAUAUGGUUGGAAAAAACGCGGGAUUUUCAGGUAUUUUUCGGAACCAGAAUCCUAAUCACGAUGUUGUAUUUUUACAUUGUAUAAUUCACCAGGACAUACUUUGUAAAGCUGCAAUAGAUAUUACCCAUGUACUUAAUGUGGUUUCAAAACUAAUUAAUACGAUUCGAUCUCGGGGCUUGGUACACCGACAAUUCCAAGAAUUUCUGAUUGAAGUUGACGCAGAUUAUUCUGACCUUCUUUACCACACGAAAGUAAGAUGRUUAAGUUGUGGAUAUGCAUUUGAACGGGUUUGGAAUUUAAAAGAGGAAAUACAAAAUUUCUUAAAGAAUAAAACCGACAAAUGGUCUGAUUUCCAAAUCUUCGAAGAGAAAGAUUGGCGUACCGAUUUCGCAUUUUUUACCGAUUUGCUCGAACACUAUAACAAAUUAAAUAAAAAAUUGCAAGGAAAGAACCAAUUUAUAGAUGAGACUUGGGGUUGUCUGAAAUCAUUUAAAACUCAGCUUUUCUUGUUUUAUAACUGCAUUGCAAAGAACGAUUUAACUCACUUUCUGCGUUUAAAAUCCAUGUCACCAGUGAGUGAGAAUAAACUAAAACAAUUCAGUCAGGCGUUGAAAAAUCUUCACACAGAGUUUCAAACUAGGUUUCAAGAUUUUAAGAACAUUCAAUCAUCACUAGAUGUUUUCUCGAUGCCGUUUAAUGUAGAUCCGGAAAAUGUAUCUGCAGAAUUGCAGUUGGAAAUUAUUGAAAUGCAGUGCAGUACCCAUUUGAAGCAAUUGUUCUUGAAUUCCACAAAACUAGAUUAUUAUAGAGCACUUCCGAAAACUGAAUUCCCAAAGAUAAUUACUCACACCCAGAAAAUUAUGGCGAUGUUUGCGUCGACUUAUGUGUGCGAACAGACUUUUUCGACCAUGAAAUUGCGGAAAAACUCAAUCAGAAACCGAUUGACUGAUGAACACCUUUUCGCACUGUUGAAAGUUGCUUCGUCACAGAUGGAACCUGCUUUCGAAAAUAUUAUGGAAGAUCAAAAACAAUUUCAUGUCUCACACGCCUACCAUGGUUGGGCCUUUGAAUAA